AUGGAAGCUGCGUUCGGACAGCUGCUGUUCACUUUCUCGGUGAACCUUUACAAGCAGCUUCUGAGUGCGGACAGCGCGGCCAACGCCAGCAACCUGCUGUGUUCGCCGCUCACCAUCGCGGCUGCGCUCGGAAUGACGCUCGCCGGAGCCCGUAACGACACCGCCAAGCAGAUCCGAGCUCUGUUCGUCCAAGGCAAAUCAUCCCGGGGCGUCUCGAGUGGACAUUCCGGUGCCUUGGAUGAUGAUAACGCCAUCCACGACGCGUUCGCCUCAAUUUUCGAGAGUCUCAACUACGACAGCGAUAGAACGGAGGCCACUGCUGCAAUGAGUCUUCGUUUCGCCAACCGACUGUACGCGGGUCUCGACGUACGGCUGGCCCCAGAGUACGCGGCGCUUGUCAAUGCGUCGUACAGAGCGUCGGUAACCAACGUGGACUUCGUCACCGACCCGGAAACCACGAGGCGUGCCAUCAAUGACUGGGUCUUCCGAAAGACGGCGUCCAAGAUUGCGGAGUUGCUGCCGCCAGGUUCGGUGAACUCUGCUACGUGCGUUGCGCUUGUGAACGCCGUCUACUUCAGAGGCAGCUGGGCGGAGCUGUUCGAUCCCGAGCUCACCGCGGAGGAGCCCUUUUAUGAGACGCCCACGCGUAGCCGCAAGGUGAAGAUGAUGUACAGGACGGGACGCUUCGCCGUCGGGCGCCACGAGGGCCUUGGAGUAAGCUUGGUCACGAUUCCGUACAGAAACCAGAACGUUUCGAUGGUUGUGCUGCUGCCGGACAAGGUAGAUGGGCUGGACGACUUCGAACGGCUCGUGACGCCCUCUGAGCUGUCCACCAUGCUCAACAAUAUGAGCAGCUUCACCAAGGUCUGUCUAAAGCUGCCCCGCUUCAAGUUGUCGACGACCUCUGACCUGCGCCGUCCCUUGUCCGCGAUGGGCGUCACCGACUUGUUCACUUCGCGCGCCGACCUCUCGGGCAUCACUGUGAACCACGGCAGCAGUAACGCGGGCUGCGGCGGCUCCUCACUCGGUGUCUCGGUGGCUCUGCACCGAACUGCUCUCGAGGUGACCGAGGAAGGCACCGAGGCCGCAGCCGGCUCGGCUUCGCUCGUCACCCGCCGUGACCUGCGCGCCGUCGAGUUCACGGCCGACCACCCGUUUAUGUUCCUAGUGCGAACCCACAAGCCUGCAGCAGUCGUGCUUUUCGUCGGGAAUGUGCGCCACGUGCAAGACGUCGACGCCUGA